AUGGAAACUCCGGCGACCGGCGGAGCAAACGGCGGCGGGAUGGGGGCGGCGGCGGGAGGUGCGGGAUCUGUGCUCAGCAUGUCGCCAGGAUCGUCCCUGUCUGUCAGAUACGGCUCUCAAUUUGGUCCUCACGACGAUCUUGUUCUCCUCGAGGUGGACGACGGCCUCCUCCACGAGAUCCUUCAUAAGGGGUAUCGAUUCUCUCUUCCUCUUUCUCUCUCCCGACGGAGUUCGAUUUCUCAAGGAUUACAUUCUCGGGGACGGAUCCUUUGGGAAAAUCGGAGAUGAUGAUCGUCGGUGUUGAGCAGAGUUCUACAUUCCUGGCUCGGGGAUCUAUUUUGUAAAUCAGGUUGCAUAUUCGCGUGUCGCAUUCAUUUUCUCGGCUUACGAGUUGGAGUUCACUGAUGAUGAUGAUGACGAUGUUCAAGUAUCGUAGAUCGAAUUCAAUGUAGCUUUUCACUCUUGUAGUGUGGCCGUAAGAGGGCAACCAGACGAAGACGCAGUUCUCUGCACUGCUUCCGCUACGUACGCGAUGAAGUUCGUCGGCACCUCGAACUCAGUCUUCCUCAUACCUCCUGGAGAUGGCGAUUCAGAGAUCCGCGAGAAUGGAAUGGUUCGUUGCGAGCCAAGCAAGAGCUCAGAGUUCCCGCAAACGAUUGCAUCUGUGUUCAAAGUGGCUCCUGGGAAUAUAGAGCUCGUUCCAGUCGCCCCAAGGCUGGAGAAGCUGAAAUCCCUCCUCAGCGAGAGGCCCUACACGCUGGAGGAGGAGGACGACUACGCGAUGGAGACGGAGAACAGCUGCGCGAGGUCUGAUCGCAGCGGUCUCUACAGAUGGACAGAUCUCGUCAACCUGAUCCAGGCCAGCGACGAGGAACUGAUGGCCGGAUUGAGGUCUCUAUCCGCCGUGGAGAUUGGCGGAUUCUGGAGACUUGUCGCCGAGGAUUCCAUUGACGAGAUCCUGAAGAUGACGCUGAACAACUGCAUCAUUCACGAGUGGCAAACAAACUCCAUGAAGGAACAUGAAGUCGUGCCGAUGCUGGUGUCCGAUGGAUAUCCCCAUGCCAUUGUCCUCCACUGCCUAGCCACUUACGGGCAUAAGAGCGAGGACCCAGGGGGUCCCAUCUGGAGCCUGAACGAGAAACCAGUGUGUCUACACUUCGCCAGGCGGGCUCUCCGCGGAGGGAAGAUGAAGCUGGAAGCCUUCAUGGAGAAGUGGAAGUCAACCCUUCCUCAGGGGAUGCGCGCUGACUUGGGGAUGCUGGAGGGGGAGGUGCUGUACGAAAUCCUUGGCCUCGAGACCUGGAUUCGAGCUUUCAGCGUCUCCGGACUUCCAUCAACACCUGAAGAACGAUUCUCUGCUCUGUUUCAAGAACGGGCGAAGUGGGCGUGGAAAGACCUGCACCCAUAUAUCAGGUAAACCCCAGAUUCUUCCUCAAGCGAUGAAUCUGUGCAUCCUUCCCAUCUCUUCUUCUUCCUCUUCAGAUUCUUCCUCGGGACAUUAUGAAUCUGCAGACCUAAGAUUCUUCUUUUCAUCAUCAUCUUCUUCUCCCACCAGGGACUUGCGCAUACCCGGGCUCUCGUCGGAAGCUCUGCUCAUCAAGUACACUCGAAGAACACAACCCACUGCGGAGGCCGAACCCAUCUUCAGCGCGAGGUAG